AUGGCAUCCAGCAACACUGACUCGAUCGAAGACGUGAUCACAUGCAUAAUAUGUUUCAAAUAUUUCGAUGAUCCACGUCUAUUACCAUGCUCACAUACAUAUUGUUUAUCAUGUAUUAAGCGAGUGGCCGCCACUACAAAGGGUGAUUUUGAAUGUCCGAUGCGUGAUGGAGUGAAAAUUGAGAGCAAACAAAUCGAUUCUUUGCCUCUCAAUCGAAUCGCGCGUGAUAUUAUUGAAUUGCGUCCUCAACACCAAUGUUCGAAUUGUAUGGUGGCCACCGCAACUGAAUGGUGUAAUGAUUGUAAAAAUCGUUACUGUUCUGAUUGUAGUAAAAUCGUCCACAGUUUACCAGCAUUUAAAAGUCAUCACAUCACUCAAGGUUCUAUGGGAUCGUCAAUGAUAUUUUCAUGCGAUAAACAUCCCGAUGAAAAACUGAAGUAUUGGUGUAAAAGUGCUGAUUGUGAAACAGUCACGUGCCGUGAUUGUCUACUGUUCGAACAUAAAGAUCAUGACUAUGUUCCUAUAGACACUGUUGCCCAUGACGCCAAAGCAACAAUCGCAAGUGAUCUACAAGUUAUUCAAUGUGAUUUAAGUGAAAAACUUAUGUUACCCAGUGCCUUGAUAGCUGAGAUUGAUUAUCUGACUCAAUCGAAUUUGACGAAGUUCAGCGAAGGUAUUGAGCUCCUGCGUCAAAUUAUCGAUGAACAUGAAAAAGCAGGGAUCCAGCAAAUUGAAGAAAACGGUUCGAAGGAUAAGAAGAAAAUCGAAGAAUAUGAAAAGCACUUGCAAAAUGAGCAACAAAAGUUUCACGUACAACAUGCGCUUUUCCAAACACUUGAUUGCACGGGUAACAAUACCAAAUUACUACAAUUGAAACGAAAAUUCUCUGAAUAUACGAGAAAAACAAUUCAAGAUUUAAGUGCCCUUCAUCCACCUAUCAUUACUGAUCUUCGUCUCGAAGGAUUCGAUCAACUGGAAACGUUGAAGAACGGUAUACAGGAGUAUGGACGUUGCGUGGAAAUUCCUCCAUCAACAAACACGCGACUGAAGAACUCUAUAUUUUUAAAUUCAAAGCGAGCUAAACUCUCCGUCCAUCAUCAAACAUUCAUUGGACAAGAUAUGAAGUAUGUCAUCGAUGCACUGCGAUACAAUCUAACUGUAAGUACACUACGUUUCUAUGAAUGUGAAAUAGAUGAAGCUGCAUUGGGAUAUAUCGCUGAAACAUUGAGAUACAACAAAAUGUUAACAACACUUACUUUGAUUGCAAAUGAGAUCGAUGCUGAUAAAAUCAAAGUGUUAACAGCUGUAUUGCAAGAGAAUAAGACUCUGGCGAACUUGGAAUUGUUUGAAAACGAUAUCGGAGAUGGUGGCAUGCAGCAUUUGGCCAAUGCAUUAAAACAAAAUACGACAUUGCUGAAACUCAGUUUACAUGACAAUGAGUUACAUGCCGAUGGAGCAAAAUGUAUAGCUGAUAUGCUGCGAGAAAACAAGACAUUGACUACUUUAAAUAUAUCUGAAAACGAAAUUGGCAAUGCUGGAGCACAAUAUCUGGCCACGAUGUUACAAGAAAACAAAUCAUUGCUCACAUUGUGUCUCAAUGAUAAUGGAAUAACAGCUGAAGGGAUAACGCAUCUCAGUGAUGCACUAUCUCAUAAUAACACACUCAAGACAUUGUAUUUGGUAGGCAACACCUUCGACGAUGAAAGUGCUAAUCAUCUGGCAACCGCUCUACGAACAAAUAAAACACUUUCGACAUUGUUCUUGAUCAACAGUGGUUUUGGAGAUGAUGCAGCACAAUAUUUAUCUGAAGCAUUGCGAAACAAUCAAACACUCACCACAUUGGUACUCGUUAAUGAAAUUUCUGAUAACGGAAUGAAACAUUUGGCCGAUUCAUUACAAGAGAACAAAACACUCACGACAUUAGGUCUCCUUCCCGGUGAAGUUAAAAUUGAUGCAGCAAAGUAUUUAGCUAAUGUUUUACAACAUAACAAAACACUUACGACAUUUGUUCUCUAUGGGAUGGGAUUAGGAGAUGAAGGAACGAAAUGUAUCAGUGAUGCAUUGCGUUUGAAUAAUACACUUAGCACAUUAUGUUUAAUAAGUCAUAGGCUUGGAGAUGACGGAUUAAAACAUCUUGCGGAUACAUUACGAGAAAACAAAACACUUACUGCAUUAGCUCUGUGUGGAUGUGAUAUAAGGCAUGAUGUUGCACAACAUUUCAGUGACGCAUUGAAACAAAAUCAAACGUUAUCUGCAUUGGCUUUGGUUCAGAAUCGAAUAGAUGAAGACGACGCCAAAUAUCUCGCUGAGAUUCUACAGAAUAAUCAGACACUUUCAUUAUUAGCUAUUUAUAAAAACAGGAUUAGAGAUGACGGAAUCAAGUGCAUAACUGAUGCGUUACAGAAAAACAAAACGCUUACUACAUUGAGUUUAUAUGAUGUACGUAUAAAAGAAGAUGGUAUUUACCAUCUGAAUACUAUGCUACAACAUAACAAUACGCUGAGAAAGUUAGAUCUGAACAAUGAUAGUGUAUCACCUGACGUGAGAAAUGAUCUGCAUGCUACCAUACGAAAACGAAAAACACCGAUAACAGUAUAUUGGUCUUUAAACAAAUUCCACAAUGACGAUUCUUCUGAUGAUGAAGAUUGUGCUGAAACAGUUACAUAUCCACAUUUUGUCCAAGAAAAUCUGAUCUGUAAUCUAGCUGAACAUUUUACAGAAAUCCUACCGGAAAUGCAGAUGCUUCCGGCUUUUACUGAGUUUCUCAACAAUCUCAAUGAUUAUCUACUAAUGCAAAUGGCAUCGGGUGAGGGUGGCCGAUGCAAGGCGCGAAAUCCUAUACGUUUUUCAUAG